CCAGCCCUCAGCCUCCAAUCCGUAAGAGACGCUCAGCCCCAGCAAUUGGAUUGGGCAGCCUGUCUUGACACAGCACUGUGCUGAGUGCUUGAGGACGUGUUUCAACAGAUGGUUGGGGUUAGUGUGUGUCAUCACAUUCGAGUGGGGAUUAAGAGAAGGAAGGCUGCCCUGCUGGAGCUGUGUGGUCUUCUCCAAGUGAGAGUUGCAGGCAAAUCCAAGUACUUGGCUUUGGGGAAGAAGAGAAGGAAUUCAUUUGCAGCGGUCACAAGAAAAGCAGUAUUUCCAGGUGCUGAGGGCCAGCCGCCAUCAGCUGGAGAAGGUGAAUUUGGCAAAUGACAUGAAGGUUCUUCACGGCAGAAUCAUCGCAGGGAAGCUUCAAAGGACUCCAUCUGCAGAUGUUCUGAAAAUCUCUGAGUCUAGAAAUUGAUUAUUCAACCAGGAUACCUAAUUCAAGAACUCAGAAGACAGACGUAUUGUCAGCCUUGCAACAUUGGACCAAGUACAAUGAAGCCUUCUUGCUGGGCUCUGCUGCUGGCUCUUCUGGGCACAGAGAUGCUGGGGAGCCUGGGUUCCACCGUGCGGUCCCAGAGGUUCAGAGGGAGGAUACAGCAGGAACGGAAGAACAUCCGACCCAACAUUAUCCUUGUGCUCACCGAUGACCAGGACGUGGAGCUGGGUUCUCUGCAAGUCAUGAACAAAACGAGAAAGAUCAUGGAACACGGCGGGGCCACCUUCACCAACGCCUUUGUGACCACACCCAUGUGCUGCCCGUCCCGGUCAUCCAUGCUCACGGGGAAGUACGUGCACAACCAUAACGUCUACACCAACAAUGAAAACUGCUCCUCUCCCUCCUGGCAGGCAAUGCACGAGCCGCGGACCUUUGCCGUGUAUCUCAACAACACUGGCUACAGAACAGCCUUUUUUGGAAAAUACCUCAAUGAAUAUAAUGGCAGCUACAUCCCUCCUGGGUGGCGAGAAUGGCUUGGAUUAAUCAAGAAUUCUCGUUUCUAUAAUUACACUGUUUGUCGCAACGGCAUCAAAGAAAAGCAUGGAUUUGAUUAUGCAAAGGACUACUUCACAGACUUAAUCACUAACGAGAGCAUUAAUUACUUCAAAAUGUCUAAGAGAAUGUAUCCCCAUAGGCCCAUUAUGAUGGUGAUCAGCCACGCAGCGCCCCACGGCCCUGAAGACUCGGCCCCACAGUUUUCAAAACUGUACCCCAAUGCCUCCCAACACAUAACUCCAAGCUAUAACUACGCACCGAACAUGGACAAACACUGGAUCAUGCAGUACACGGGUCCCAUGCUGCCCAUCCACAUGGAGUUCACCAAUGUCCUCCAGCGCAAACGGCUCCAGACUCUGAUGUCAGUUGAUGACUCCGUAGAGAGGCUGUACAACAUGCUUGUGGAGACAGGCGAGCUGGACAACACUUAUAUCAUCUACACUGCCGACCACGGAUACCACAUUGGACAGUUCGGACUGGUCAAGGGGAAAUCCAUGCCAUAUGACUUUGACAUCCGUGUGCCUUUCUUUAUUCGUGGUCCCAGCAUAGAACCAGGAUCAAUAGUCCCACAGAUUGUUCUGAACAUCGAUCUAGCCCCUACCAUCCUGGAUAUUGCAGGCCUCGACACCCCUCCUGAUGUGGAUGGCAAGUCUGUCCUCAAGCUUCUAGACCUGGAAAAGCCAGGUAACAGGUUUCGAACAAACAAGAAGGCCAAAAUUUGGCGUGAUACGUUCCUAGUGGAAAGAGGGAAAUUUUUACGGAAGAAGGAGGAAUCCAGCAAGAAUGUCCAGCAGUCAAACCACUUGCCCAAGUAUGAAAGAGUCAAGGAGCUGUGCCAGCAGUCCCGAUAUCAGACAGCGUGCGAGCAGCCCGGGCAGAAGUGGCAGUGCAUUGAGGACACAUCCGGCAAGCUCCGCAUCCACAAGUGUAAAGGACCCAGCGACCUGCUCACCGUCCGUCAGAGCACGCGCGACCUCUACUCUCGCGGCGUGCACGACAAAGACAAAGAGUGCCAGUGUAGGGAGUCUGGUUAUCGAUCCAGCAGAAGCCAGAGGAAGAGUCAAAGGCAGUUCCUGAGGAACCAAGGAACACCAAAGUAUAAGCCCAGGUUUGUGCACACCCGGCAGACCCGGUCCCUGUCUGUGGAAUUUGAAGGUGAAAUAUACGACAUAAAUCUGGAAGAAGAAGAAUUGCAAGUGUUACCAUCGAGGAGCAUUGCUAAGCGCCACGAUGAGGGUCACCACGGGGUGGGAGGCCACCAGGCUGCUGUUGGUGACCUCAGGAAUGAGAUGCUGGCAGACAGUAAUAAUGCGGUUGGGCUACCCACCACUGUCCGUGUGACACACAAAUGCUUCAUUCUUCCAAAUGAUACAAUCCAUUGCGAGAGAGAGCUGUACCAAUCAGCCAGAGCGUGGAAGGACCAUAAGGCCUACAUCGACAAAGAGAUUGAAGUUCUGCAAGAUAAAAUCAAGAACUUAAGAGAAGUCAGGGGACACCUGAAGAAAAGGAAGCCGGAGGAGUGUAGCUGUGGUAAGCAGAGCUACUACAACAAAGAGAAAGGAGUGAAAAGACAGGAGAAGCUAAAAAACCACCUUCACCCUUUCAAGGAGGCUGCAGCCCAGGAGGUGGACAGCAAGCUGCAGCUCUUCAAGGAAAACCGUCGGAGGAAGAAGGCGAGGAAGGAAAAGAAACGGCAGCGGAAAGGGGAGGCGUGCAGCCUGCCUGGCCUCACCUGCUUCACACAUGACAACAACCACUGGCAGACUGCCCCGUUCUGGAACCUGGGGUCGUUCUGCGCAUGCACAAGUUCUAACAACAACACAUACUGGUGUUUGCGUACAGUUAAUGAGACGCACAAUUUUCUCUUUUGUGAGUUUGCUACCGGCUUCCUGGAGUAUUUUGACAUGAAUACGGAUCCUUAUCAGCUCACAAACACAGUGCACACGGUAGAACGGGGCAUUUUGAAUCAGCUACACAUACAGCUAAUGGAGCUCCGCAGCUGUCAAGGGUACAAACAGUGCAACCCAAGACCCAAGGGCCUUGACAUCGAGGACAAUUAUGGGAUGGAUGGGAAGGUUAGUCAGUCCAACGUCGUUUCCGACACCAACUGGCAAGGCCUGGAGGAGGUAUCCAGUGUGAGUGACGACACCGAUGAGUACAGACAUAACCCUGGACUGAGUCUGGAGUCCUGGACGAGCUACCUGGAGGCUGUAGAUAGAACAUUUGCAGUGCUAAACAGUCGCUCUGAGCAAAACAAAGCAAAUGGGACUCCAACUGCUCCAAGCGGUGGCUUCCCAGUCGCCUCUGCUGAGCUCUCGGUGUCAGCAGAGAUGGCCUCUGCAGAGUCGGGAGAAGACCCAAGUCAUGUGGUUGGGGAAACACCUCCCUUGACCUUGCCAGCCAACCUCCAAACCCUGCCUUUGAACAGACCCACAUUAAGUCCAGAGAGAAGACUUGAAUGGAAUAACGACAUUCCAGAAGUGAAUCAUUUGAAUUCUGAACACUGGAGAAAAAGCAAAACUGAAAAACAGAUGGGGUGGGAGGAGAUCCGCCAUCUUGACGGUGACAUCAGUGGCAAUGGCAUGACAGAGCUGGGACUCCAGUCUCAUCAUAGGCUGCAGCCCAUCAGCCAGCAUCAACGAGAAUGCCCCCAGGAUGCAGAGCCAGAAGAGGAUGCUUUUGAAGAUCAAUUGCAUCCUCAUGUUCAUUCUGACAGAACUUCUGUUCAUCAAGUGUUCAGUGUGUCUGGGGUGGAGCAACCUAUUCGUUCCAGCCCCAUGGAGAGACUGUUGGCCAAGAUGCGGAAGAGUGGUAUAAAAGAGUGGGUACCGAAUCUAGAGGGCAGUGCCUCCUCUCCACUCCCCUCUGAUUAGAUGAAAUGUUGCCUGAGUCUUUCUAAGUUUUUAUUAGUAAACUAGUGGUGGCGAGUGUAACUGCCAGCAUUCUGAGCUCCCCUGGAUACGUUUGCGCAGUAGAAACUCACUCGUGUGCACAUGGGCAGGUGAUGCUCGCUCACACGUGUGCAGGUGAUGCUCACACGUGGACUCAUUGUAGUUCACUGUUUUCCCAAGAAGAGAAAGGUGGGGGACAUUUUGUUUCUUUGUUUUCGGUACUAAAACAGUAUUAUCUUCUGGAUAUUGUAGGGACAUGCGUAUAUAAAGUCUAUCCAGUCAAAAUGGCUAGAAUUGUGCCUUUGUAAGUUUUAAACGCUUGACACCCAUGAUGACUCCGUCAACACAUCUUCCCUGCCUGCAUCCUGAAGUUUGGAUUCGUUUCUAACCACUGGAAAUUUUCGACAUCAUCAUAUUUGGUUCAAUGAUUUUGCACUUUGAGUUUGGAAUACUGUGUCUGCUUGGUUGGUAGUGUUAUUAUUUUUUUUUUAAACAGUCUUGUCAGAGACAUACUGUUUGUCCCAGGCAGGACAAAGGAAUAGACCCCCAGCAAUGACACACAGUAUGGAUCACAUAUUGUUUAACGUAUACUUUUUCCAGAGAACAUUGCAUGUAUUUUAUACCUUGACGUGCUAAAAUUGAUUAGCAAAAAGGCAUGGCUCACAAUGCUGGUGGUAAAAAAAUAAAAUGAGUUAAUAAGUAAUAAACAAAACAAAAAUUACCUGCUCUCUCUGUGCUUACUAUAUGCUCAAUACUGCUAAAUUUUGGUUACCGUCUUGAAAAAGGGACAGGACAAAGGCCAUUUUAUUUUAAUCUUUUUUUUCUUGGUUUGGUUAAUAAGCUUAAGUAUCAGGAAAAUAUGUGUAGUUUUGGCUUUCUACAAGACAAUUUUAAUAAAGUAAAAUCAUGAAUGCUGUAAAAUUUAGAUACACCAGUAUUUGCUUUAUAAACACUGCAGUAUGUCAAUAUUUUUAAAACUAUCACCAUGCUCUGAUUUUUCUAAAUGACAUAGUUCAAAACAGCUUUUGAAAAUCUGUAUUCUUGAUGUCACCCUGUUUCUCCUGGACUUUUAGAGACCACUCGAAGGAUUACCUCACUGAGAAUUUCCAUUGUCCUCUUCCUUCCCAAGGUCUUCUCGCUAUUGUUUAGCUGGAUGGUGGUUUUCUUUUGACUUUUAGAUAAUUCAAACAUGUGGAUAGUUGUAUUUUUGUUAAGUGUUUAAAGUAAACACUUUUCAAGAAAAUUUAAUGUGGUAUAGUUGAAUCCUUGGUAAUCGUAAGUCUUUACCAUAGAGCCUGUACAUACGCUAACUAGCCGUUGAUCAGAUGUGGCUGGCAGCUGCUGACAGAAUAAACGUAUUUAUCGUCUUGAAUGAUGUGUUUUGUAAAGAGAUUUCAAGAUAUUAGGAAGCAUACUAUGUUUUUUUUUUAAUCCUAUGUAAUGCUCUGUGAUACUUUGAUAGAACAAUUCUGGCUUCAGGAAAGCCUAGAAGCGAUAUUUCUUGAAAUAAAAGGUGUUGAAAUAUUU